CGUGUACAGUCUUCUUUUCCCCUGUCCCUCAGCAACGCACCAUGUCCGCGCUCGCUGCCGUUCUCGUGGCUCCUCUCGCUGCGAUCGUUCUCCACGUCGCCAACUACAAUGCGACUGCGCAGAUCGAGCACAAAACUCGCUGCUUUACCAAAAUCCUUGGUGCGAAUGCAGUGUACUACUACGCCGUCUAUCUGGUUCUGAGUGCCGCAGUGCGCGACGCCGUCAUCCACUCUGCGAUCGAAGCGUCGCUGCCCGAGCUUCAGUGGAUUGUGCUGCCUGUCGAGAUUGCUACGAUCGUCGGCUACGGCCUCUUUGUCGUUGGCAUUUUGCUCAACCUGUGGACGCUUCACGCGCUUGGUAUCAAGGGCAUGUACAAUGGCGAUUCGUUCGGCUUCUUGAUGGACGCGCCUGUUACGUCUGGUCCGUACACGAUCUUUUCGGAUCCGCAGUAUGUCGGAACGACCCUUGCCAUGUUCGGUGCCGCGCUUCGUCAGCAAUCGAUUGUUGGCUACGCAUUGACUCUGGCCAUGGGCAUUGUCUUUUGGAUUUCUGUCAAGUUUAUUGAAGGUCCUCAUCUUCAGCGCCUGUACUCUAAAAAGCCAUCGUCGUCAAGCAAGUCUGCCAAGCGACAAUAAUCCCAGAGCAAUGUCGUUGCGUGCCCUGGUUUUUCAAUCGUACUUUCCCCCAUUGUCAAGUUCAAUUGAAAUCCAACAUCACUUUUACUUGAGCA